AUGAUGCAGUAUCCCAAUGCACAAGAUUCAGCCGACAUUGAAAAUUUCAUGAUAAAACUUCAAGAUUAUCCAUCUCCAAUUCCGGACAGUGUUAUUAAACAUAUUUGUGCGGAAUCAGGCCUUAAUACAACUGAUGCUCGUGUCACAAGCGCAAUUAGCGUAGUUACACAAAAAUUUAUUAGCGAGGUAUUACGUAACUGCUCAGAUUUUGCUAAAGCUAGAGCUGCCCAAGAAAAUCCGGGAAAGAUCAGGAAAUUGGACUUACAAUUUUCUGAUUUGAAGCAAGCACUUGCAAAAAGAGGAAUACAUGUAAACCGUCCAGAGUUUAUUGUUUCUCUUCCUCAGAAAACAGAUAAUAAUAACAAAAUGUAA